UUUUGGGAAGUGAGGGAACGGCCAAUGGCCAUUUCCAAGGAAUGGAAUUUUCAUUUUAAUAUAAGACAUAGUGUCUCAAUUUCUAUGGCAAUUCAAUGGUCAAUCGCAUGUCACAUUUUCUUGUAGUUGGCAGGCAGUGGAAGAACCAAUGCUUAAACCCCAUUUUGGCCCAUCUUCACACCAUUUCGGACGUCACGAAGAAGCAGCCCACGAAGAAAAGACCUCUUCAUUGACUUGAUAAUCUCGCCCAAUCAUCAUAAAUCCUUUAGAUCUCUGUUUCUCUGCAACCCCUUUUCUUCAUUCUUCAUACCAAUUUGUUUUUGCCGGUUUGUUGGUUUUCAAUCCGUUUGUGCUCUACAGCGGGUUUAUAUUAUGGGAAAUCUGAUCUGGGUCGACCCAGUUUGGCGGGUUUGUUCUGAGAUUUUGUCGAAGAUUUGAGGGUUUCUUGUUCUAGAUCGUGGGGGGUUUGGAGAUAAGCGAUAAUGAAUUGGAGGGGAGUUUUGAUGGUUGUCGUUUUGGUGGCGUUUGUUGCUGGUGGAUCUGACGCGUCUCUGCUUUCCAAUCUUCAGAAGCUGGCGAGGGCCGCGAAGAAUGAGGAGACAGUUCAGGUUUCGCCUUCUCCUAGUCCAAUUCCAAGUAUCAAUGGUACGGGUGAACCUGCUAAAGGGAGCUCCAGUACUGCCGGUGCCCCGGCACCGAGCAAUCCGCCAAAGACGGACCAGGGUGGUAGUAACAACCAUGAGACGUGUAAAGGGUCGGAAAUGAACUGCCAUAAUCAGAAUAUUACUGCCUGCGUUUUCCAUCCUGCAAAUGCCCCCAUGGAAUUAUUCCUUCUUGUCAAUAAUGAUGGAGAGGGCACUCUGGAAGUGGAUGUUACAAUCUCACCAGUUGACAGUACUUUAAAGGACAUUCAAAUACCCAAGAUUCAAAUCCCCAAACACCAAAUGAAAAAGAUUAAUGUCUCAGAAUACGCUGGAAGUCCAUUGAUAGCAUUAAAUGGGGAUUGCUUAAUUCACAUGGGAUCACCACCACAUAGAGACACCAACUUUUUUAAACAGUUCCCUGCCUAUGCCAACCAAGUAACCCCCAUCCAUGGUGUAUACCUUCUAUCUUUAACAGCUCUGCUCAUCGGAGGGACAUGGGCCUGCUGCAAGUUGGGGAAGAAGGAACGACAGGUUGAUGGAGUCCCUUAUCAGGAGCUUGAAAUGGGGCAGCCUGAUUCCCUUUCAACCAUCCAUGUGGAAACAGCAGAAGGUUGGGAUCGAGGUUGGGAUGAUGACUGGGAUGAGGAAAAUGCAGUGAAAUCACCAGGUGGAAAUAAUGUAGCAAACGGGUCUGCUAAUGGCCAUACUUCCAAAUCUUCUGGCAAGGAUGGAUGGGAAGAUAAUUGGGAUGAUUAGGGUGAAAAAUAGGAUAGAAACUCUUGAAUUGCCACGAGAAAAGAAAACAAAAACCCAAAAAAUAGACACAAGAAGAAAUAUAGAUAUAGAAAAUUGGGGAAAAGUGAAUGCACUCCUUACCAAGGGAAAAAAAAAAAGGAUACAGUGCUGCAAAAUUUUUAUUGAUGUAAACAAUUUUUGUGUUUGUGAAACAAGUUUGAUUCUCUUUCUGAAAUGUAAAGAUAACAUUUCUGCUUUCCCAUUUCUUAUCUUUGAAUAUCGUACCGUUGUCUACAAUAUUGUUUGAGAGAUAAAAACCGUAUUAACUUGGAGAUUUUC